AUGACAUUUUUUAUACAAAAAGACUCGGAAACAGCUGCAAGUGCAGUAAGAAAUUUAAAUAAUGUUGAAGUUGGAGGGCGUCAACUAAGGGUUGAUUAUGCAGAUAAUGAUCCAGCCACUUCAUCUAAUUCAUCAAACAACUCAUCACACUCGGAAACAGCUGCAAGUGCAGUAAGAAAUUUAAAUAAUGUUGAAGUUGGAGGGCGUCAACUAAGGGUUGAUUAUGCAGAUAAUGAUCCAGCCACUUCAUCUAAUUCAUCAAACAACUCAUCACACCAAGCUCGUGCAUUAUUGGCACAAAAUCCUCAACUUUGUUAUGCAUUAUUUCAAAUAAUGUUAGAUCAGAAUAUUGUUGAUCCAAAUAUACUACGAUUGAUGCAACAAAGCUCUUUGCAAGGACAAACUCAACCUCAGCCAACUGCUGUACAAAAUACCAAUCCCUUGGUCACACCCAACUAUGGUUCUCAACCUAUUCCUAACACAGCACAAAUUCCUCAACAACAUCAACCUAACAUCUAG